UGGUGUGGAAAAGUAUUAUGUUAUAAUUUAUUAAUGAAAACAAACAGCUAAUAGUUAUAUAGAAAACUAAGAUUAGAAGUUUAAACAAGAGGGAAAGGCCAAAAGAAUACAUAGAGAAGAACACAAAAAAACCAAGUAAAGAGAUGGGAAAGGAUAAAUGAUUGGACGGUGGGAGGCUAUAUUAAUGCUUAACAGGGAGGACAAAUUCAAGUUUGCAGCGAAGCAGCUGUCAUUCGAUAUUACAAAACCAACCUUUCUUCUCUGAAUACACCCCAAAAUCCCCUCCCUUUUUCACUUAACCAACUCCAUUUGUUCAGAAACAACCCAUCAAAUAAUAACAACAGCUGCAACAACAUAAACUAACUUCAUCUCUUUCUCUGACGUCCCUCUUCGUUGAUUUGUUUAAAAGAAUGGAGAUAGAGGCGCAGAUGGAGCGAAAAGCUGAAAAAGAAAGAUACCCAGUUUAGUUUGUUUUUAUUGUCAAUACUAUUAUAUCUGAUCGACCAAGUUCAUGCAUAUUUUACAGCAAGAAGUAGAAGAAGGCCAAGAAGACCCCAUUUCUCUUUUUUAUGAUAAUUUAGAUGCCAUGGCUUCUCCACAUUACCGAUCACAGUUCGGUGACACGACGUUCACAAAGGUUUUUGUUGGAGGAUUAGCUUGGGAGACCCCCACUGAAGAAAUGCGUAGAUAUUUCGAGCAAUUUGGAGAUAUUCUUGAAGCUGUUAUCAUCACUGAUAAGAAUACUGGAAAAUCUAAAGGAUACGGAUUUGUGACUUUUCGUGAUCCGGAAUCGGCGAGGAAGGCCUGUGAGAACCCAAAUCCUGUGAUCGAUGGAAGAAGAGCAAAUUGUAAUAUUGCUUCAUUAGGACGGCCUAGACCUUCGCCACCCCGAGGAAUAAGAAAUCAAGGUGGCAACGUUUAUCAGGGAGGAUCAACGUCGUAUGGUGGAGUGGCAGCGCCAUUGCCUCCGCCACCACCUCCGAUCAUUUAUCCACCUUAUGGGUACCCAACUUACACUCCUGAUUAUGGCUACCAUCAUCAGGCUCUCUAUAACCCACAAUUUCAACUUCAACACCCACAAUACUAUCAUCAAAUGUACGGAGCAACUUCAACCACAAUGGGUUCGCCCUAUUAUUAUGGCUAUUCUUUGCAAUCUUCAAGGGGAACAUAUUCUGCUACUCUACAGCCUCAGCCACAGCCACAGCCACAGCCGCAGCCCCAGCGAUUAACGCCGCCUUCCUAUCUUUACUAUCAGACUACUCAAAUGGAAGCCAAUUAUCCUCCUCCUCCUCCUCCCCUUCAGAUCCCGAGGCAUCGCUUCCCCUUUAUUUCUUCUGAUUCACAGGCUCCACAGCAAACAUCUGCAGAAACAGAAGUCCAAGUGGUUACUUCAGAAAAUCCAAAUACCUAAGAACUCAACCUUUUUGGGGGGAGAAAGUUUCAAUUGUAAAAUCUUAAUAUGCUUAUGCUCUUCUUAUCACUCUAUAUUACUCCUAUACACAACCAUUAAUAUAUUUUUUGGGUCCAAAGCUGUAACAUUUGGUGGUUACAGCUUCAAGGGGCUACUACUUUGUGUUCUCCUUAGCCACGGCAUGCAGCAAGAGAUGGACUAAUCACCAACCUUAUUCAGAAUUUUCCCUUUUUCGAAAAUUCUUCAAAUGAUUAUUAUUCUAUUAUAUUCCAAGUUCAUUUCA